AUGAAGACAACCGGAGCUGUUGUCCCUAUAAAAGACGGACGUGGUAAACAUAAAAAUAGACCAAAUGCACUAAGCGCUGACCAAAAACAAUCUGUCAGAAAUCAUAUAGAUGCUACACCAAAAUAUCAGAGCCACUAUAGCAGAGCAAAUAACAUCAACAAAAUGUAUCUUAACUGCGAUAUGUCCAUAGCAAGCUUGCAUAAGGAUUAUUAUGUUCCGUGGUGUCAACAACAAAACAUUAUUCCAGUGAAACAAAGUGCUUACCGUAAAAUAUUUUGCACUGAAUACAAUAUCGGUUUCAAGCUGCCCAAGUCUGACACAUGUAAAAUAUGUGACGAGUCAAAGAUCAAACUUGAUAUUGUCAAAUCAAACAACGAUGACAAAGAGGAACAAAGGCUAACUACUUCCUUGACUUUACACCAAAAUAGAGCUAAAGCAAUGCAAAAUUUGCUGAAAUUAGAGACAGACCGAUCAAAAAGUACAACAAACGUAUGUGUUAUCAGUUUUGACUUACAGCAGGCAAUGCCUAUACCCAAGCUUACAACAGGCCCAGCAUUUUAUUGCAGAAAAGUUUGGCUCUAUAACCUUGGAGUACACGAUUGUACUGCUGAACAGGGUCACAUGUUUUUGUGGACAGAAAAUCAAGCCAAACGUGGAGCGGAUGAAGUUGCUUCUGUACUUUUUAAAUUUCUUAAAGAUAAAAAGGAUGUAGAUCACCUUGUUGUAUUCACGGAUAACUGUCCUGGUCAAAACAAAAAUUGGCAACUUAUGGCAUUUUGGUUGCAGUUAGUUAAAGAGAAAUGGUUUAAAACAAUAACACAUCAUUUUCUUGUUACUGGACAUACCCACUUGCCGUCGGACCGGGACUUCGCGUUGAUUGAAAAACGGCAUAGAAAAUAUGCUCCUGAAGUGUAUUCCCCAGAAGGUUGGCACAAAAUCAUCAAAGAUGCUAACAACAAGAAUCCUUUCAAGGUCACAGUUAUGCAGCAAGAAGAUUUCCUCAAAUUUGAACUAUUGUUGGCCAAUGUUCAAAAGAGUACUCGCAUGAGUAACAAGGAAAAUUUAGACUUCUCUGGUGUAUAUACCUUCCAUUUUAAAACAGAAAAUACAAAAUCUUUUUUUGUUAAGCACUCUGUAAACGGUGAGUAUAACGAAGUGAAUAUUACAAAAAAGGGUAGGCCUGUGAAUACACCCUUAUGUCAGCUGAAAAAUAAGUACAUGGAACCUAUAAAAAUUUCAAAGAAGAAACUUAAAAAUGUACAAUCUCUUUUUCCAUAUAUACCCCCAAUACAUCUACCCUUCUUCAAUGGACUAACCUCCAGAGAAAGUGAUGAAGAAGAUGUUGAAAUCGUAUAG